UGAAAUGGUACUCCAACGAUUCUAAAGUUAUUUCUCCUUGAGAAACGCUCCAACUUGUUUUCGGCUAGCUCUGACAUUUCAAGACGGGAUUCAUGGGUCGAAAUGCGUGAUUCUAAUUCCUUCACUUUUUUCUCGAGAGGAGUAACCUUCUUCUCCAAUUCAGUUGUGCGAGCAUCCUGAAAAGCUAGAGACUCCUCAAAACUAGAAAGCAUUGACCGAAUGUCAGAUAUUCCUUUUCUAACAAAGUUUUCAAAGUCGGAAGGUGGGGGAUUUGGUUGUAUCUCGGAAGCUGAAUGUUGACGGGGCGCCGCCCCGGAGGCCGCAGUUGACGUUCCGCUACGAAGAUUGAUAGGCAUGGUUACAUUUCUAUUACGUACUUAGCAUACGAAAACGAGAGCUCUCGAAAACACGUCACUCCUCGGCGAACAUUACGAACCUCACCUGGAUAUUUUUAUGCUAAAUAUUGUAUAUUUUCUACUCGAUGUUUAAAAUGUUAUUUAUAACUUCCUCAUUUUAAAAGAAAUUAAAAUACCAACCUGAGGUAGAACGCAUUAUGAAUAUACAACUAAUUAAUUGCAGAUAUUGAUGGAUCCAGGCACAUUGAAUUCAUUUAUAAUAUAUUUGUUAUUUAUUACAUGCAUAUUGCAUUUGAUUAUAUGAUUUGUGGAGAAAAAGUGAAUAAAGUCUUUCUUUGAAAAGAAAAUUAUAAGUGAAAUACACUUUCACGAGGGCGACACUUUCACCAGCAACUCUACCAGCCUGUCUCACCAAAUCAAGGGCAACAUAACAUGCACUACCACUAAUGUUGUAUAUCUCAUCACUUGCAGAGUUUGUAGGGUACAAUACAUACGGGCACAGAUCCACCGUCAACACAGCAAAGCUGGACACUCCGGUUGGCCGCCAUUUUAACCUCCCCAACCACUCCAUCACUGACAUAAUGCUACAGGGCAUCGAAUCUUUAGGUCCCCGUCCUGACUCAGUCCGUACUAGCAGAGAGAAGCUCUGGAUGAGACGACUUCGCACCACCCAACCUCAUGGCCUGAACAUCCAAGAGGAGAACGACUGAUUUUUUCCUACUGAAAGAUCUGAUCGCCAAACAAUAUGCUGUACUGUUGAGAACUGACGAAGCACUUGAGCCAAUAUUCUAUGUUGAGAAGAACUGGAUGGAAGAGCCUUAUAUUGGUGGAGGAUAUGUCGGAUACACUGCCCCAGGUGUUAUAACAAAGUACUGCAAGGUUAUUCGAGAGCCCAUUGGUCGUCUUUUCUUUGCUGGUACCGAGACAGCUACUAAGUGGUCUGGAUACAUGGACGGGGCUGUCCAGGCAGGAGAGAGGGCUGCAAGAGAGGUUCUACAUGCAAUGGGUAAAGUCCGGAAAGAUGAGAUAUGGCAAGAAGAGCCUGAAUGUAAGGAAAUGCCUGCUCUUCCAUUUCAGGAAACCUUCCUCGAGAGAAGUUUACCGUCCGUGAGCGGCUUCUUAAUCUUCCUAGGAACAUCUCUCACACUAUUAGCAGUAGGCGAGGCUCUGUGGAUGUGUAGAGGUGCCAUCCAACUACAAAGGGUCAACUAAGUCACUCUCUGCAAAGGUUCAAGUACGGGGGGAAAUAUACGCACUGCUAUGUGGUGAACUUUGUAAGACUGAAUCUAUACUGAAUUUGAAUUGAAAAAGUACGUUCUUUAUAGGCGGGAGUGAUGACUUACAUAGCUGUCUGUGAUUUCUCCGAGAUAAAAGUGGACAAACACUUUAUGUGUAAUUCUCUCCGAAUCCGCUUUGAACUGAUAAACAUUGAUUGGAUGGAUCUGGAAUAGUAGUGUCUAUAUUUAUAUAGAACUCGUCAGUGGUCACUCCGAGAUCCCUGUAGUGAUCAGAGAAAGAACUACCUACACGAGUGGACAGAAGAAACAAGAAAAUAUCCACUCCGACUUCACUCUAAAUCCACUCUUGGGAAAACGCUCAAAGAGUGAACUUAUUGCUCUCCUUUUUGUCUCGCCCACCAGAGGUGAAGGCGUUCCAAAUGUCGUCCGUCCGUCACAAACCUUAUGACACAUAACUCCGCAAUCGUAAGUCACUUUUCAACCAAACUUGAAUGGUAGAUGGACAUGGGUGACCUGCAUGUAAUGCUGCAGUCGGAGGUCACAUGGUAAGGUCAAAGGUCAUUUUCAGGUCAACGUUAAAGUUUACAUGCAAGCUAGACUCUCUUAUGACACCUAACUCUGCAACCGUAAGUCACUUUUCGACCAAACUUGGGUUGUAAGUAUACGAGACUUGCAGGUUAUUGUGUUCGAAGGUCACAUGGUAUGGUCAAAGUUCAUUUUAAGGUCAACAUUAAAGUUUACGUGCAAGACUCUUAUGACAAGUGUUAUUCCAUCCCAGUCAUUUCACAAUGAAGUUCCGAUACAAUUCUAUUGCGUGCCCUUGCAAAUUACGAUAUUUCUGGUUAUUUUCAUAAGUGGGCGAGACACAAAAUCGCUUAUGCCUUGUUUAACAUUAAGAAAUCAUCCACUUUUUUUUAUUGUUUUUAAUUAUAAUUUUAUCUGGGAACAGAUUUAUCUUGAACAAAUCAUUAUAAUUGUACAUGUAUAAUGUAGCACAUAGGCCCGGUUUUAUAAAAAUACACUAUUAAAAAUUACUGGUGUUAAAACAGUGACACGACAUUUGCUCCUGCCGCCUGCGACAAUUGCUCCUUGCUUUAUUUCGUCUAAGAUACAGGGUUAGGGUUGCAAUAGGGUUUUAUGUUAGGUUUAGGAUAGGGUAUAGUGUUAAACCCAGGGUUGAAGUUGGCAGAUCCAUUAGGGUGUGGAAUUUACAGCGGAGCAAUUGUCGCCGAAGCAAAUGUCAUGGAAUAUUAUCAAUCAGUCUUCCUUUACGGACUAGGCUUUCAGGUGAUAAGUAUGCACCAUGGGUUUUAGCGUAACACCAAUUGGUGCUGUAAUAAGCACUAUGAUAACACCGAUUGGUUAUUGAACUUACAUCAUAGUAGUCAUUAUUUUGAAGAAAAAAAUAUUUCCAUUCUGGCAAUUGUGGAGGAAUAUACUUUGACUGCGACUGAGAUCCAUCAGUUUUCCAUCUAUAAAUCUAAAAUUUUCGAAAAUGGAAUGUAAAUGUAAAUUGCAGUUCUUGCAACUGUUAGGUAAAAAAGAAUGCCGGAAAAAAAUAUUGAAUUAUUUUCUUGUAAUCUAUUAAUGGCAAUUAUAUAAUUUGGUCUACCCCUCCCGCCCAUUUAUAGGCUUAUUUGACACUUUGUUGUGGUAAAUAAAAUGAGAAUUAAUUCACUGCAAGGUGGUUAUUGGGUAUUUCUCUGAAGAAUAUUCUAUUAUUUCAUUUAUUGGGUAAUUGGGUAAGAUUUCUUAUUGAUAUCUGGGAGUAUUGCUGUGCAUUUUAAAUGUAUUGGAGUUUAAAGGAGGAUUAAUACCACUUUCCUAGAUCGUAUGCUUGUGAAGAAAAUUCGAUUAUAUAAUUUUCUUUAACAAAUUGGAUUCUUCAAGAAGCAUCUUGUGUUUUGAAUUAUAUGUCUUAUUUUAUUUAAAAACAUGAAUACAAAAGAUUGAUAUUGGAAUUUCGAAAGCAUUAUAUUUCUAUGGAAUAGAUACUAACAUUAUAUUAACCAUUUCAUGUUAAGCAUGCAGAUGUAUUCCAACUUUUAUAAAUCACUGCGAUGGAUUAAAUAAACUUUCAUAUAACAAUAAU